GCGCGCUGGAGGCCGUCGUCUGCUGCUGUAAUUCGGCUACAGCGGGAAGGAAAACAUUGUUUAGAAUCGACUUUCCCCCCUCACGAAUUAUCCGCUGCGCUCGGAGUUUACGCUGCUCCUUCCUUACAGAGAAAGCGGCUCGCUAAAAGGGCAGACCGGGACAGUGAGUCGGCUAGCGGCCCAUGCAGCCAUAACGAGCCCGUGAUCCACCACCGGGCCGCUGGAGAAGGAAACUCCUCGCCCCCCUUUCCUCUCCUGUUUCCUAAGCUUCUCUGUCCCCUGCCCCUCAUAGUCAGCCCAGAGACCCUCUUCCUAAAGGCCAGUUAGGAACGUUGGGUCUGUUCCUCCCCAUUCUCCCAGCCUCCAUCUGUCUCUCUAACUCCACCUGCCCACUAAGGGGCUGACCGCUUAUUGGACACCUCAGAAACAUGUCCUCCAUCUUGCCUUUCACUCCGCCCGUGGUGAAGCGUCUGCUGGGCUGGAAGAAGUCGGCCAGUGGUUCGAGCGGAGCGGGAGGGGGCGGAGAGCAGAACGGCCAGGAGGAGAAAUGGUGCGAGAAGGCCGUCAAAAGCCUGGUGAAGAAGCUGAAGAAGACGGGCCAGCUGGACGAGCUGGAGAAAGCCAUCACCACACAGAACUGCAACACCAAGUGUGUCACCAUUCCCAGAUCUCUGGACGGGCGUCUGCAAGUGUCUCACCGCAAAGGUCUGCCUCAUGUCAUCUACUGCCGCCUGUGGCGAUGGCCCGACCUGCACAGCCAUCAUGAGCUGCGCGCCAUCGAGACCUGCGAGUACGCCUUCAACCUUAAGAAGGAUGAAGUCUGUGUCAACCCCUACCACUACCAGCGGGUGGAGACGCCAGUUCUUCCUCCUGUCCUCGUGCCAAGACACACGGAGAUCCUGACUGAGCUGCCUCCUCUGGAUGACUACACCAACUCCAUACCUGAAAACACCAACUUCCCUACAGGGAUCGAGCCUCCUAACAAUUAUAUACCAGAAACUCCUCCACCGGGAUACAUCAGUGAGGAUGGGGAGGCCAGCGACCAGCAGAUGAAUCAAAGUAUGGACACAGGUACAUUCCCAUACUUUUUGGUUUUCGUCCUGUUGUGUCCAGAAGUUGGAAUAAUUCCGGUCUGUAAAAUCCCUCCAGGCUGUAACCUGAAGAUCUUCAAUAACCAGGAGUUUGCGGCACUGCUGGCUCAGUCGGUGAACCAGGGCUUUGAGGCUGUAUAUCAGCUGACCAGGAUGUGCACCAUUCGCAUGAGUUUCGUCAAAGGCUGGGGAGCUGAGUACAGACGACAGACGGUGACGAGCACCCCCUGCUGGAUCGAGCUUCACCUGAACGGCCCCCUGCAGUGGCUGGACAAGGUCCUGACCCAGAUGGGCUCGCCCUCCGUACGCUGUUCCAGUAUGUCCUAAUCGCCGUGACCAAGCUCUCUGUCCUCUGCCCCCAAAACGACUGAUUCUACAAUCACAUCUACCAACAACUCGAAGACUUACUCGAACCCCGCCCCCUCUUUCUCUUUCAUAGUACCCGUGAGCCUUUCUCGAUCUCUGUCCUCCUGACACUGAUGUUCUCUCCGUUCGGACCUGAACGCAGCACUUGCUGUCUCAUCAGCUUCAUGCACCUUUAAUUCUCUCUUGUUUUCUUUCAUAAACCCUCAAUAUUAAAUGUAUUAGUAGUAGAAUUUGAAAUGUAUAUUGGUUUUUAUUUUAUUUUCAUGGUUUUCGAGAAGGAGGGAAGGUGGUGCGUAUGUUGUGUGGAAGUUCAAGAAGGCAGUUGAUAACUUCCCACACUUGUAGCAGCAAGGCUUUUUCCCCCUGAUGAAGUACAUACUCUGAAACUCAUUUAACGAUUAAUUUUCCUGGAUGCCGAUCCAAAUCCAGUCGUUCAAGGAGGUUACUUUUUCUGGCAAAAAGUCACGUUAUUUGUUUUUAUCCACGUUGUUAUUAUUGUGUAGAUUGACACGUUAAGACUUAAUCAUGGUUUUUGAUUUCUCCAGUAAUGCCAAAAGAUAUUUUUAUUUGAAUUGUUUUUUUUUUCGAUUUCUUUCCCCAAACCACUAUAUAAGAAUGUUGCCUUUGAUUUGAGGUAUGCUGCUGUAAGUCGUGCUUAUUUGCUUCAGACUUAUAGAAUGUUUAGCGCAAAAAAAAGAGCCCAUGUUCAAUUCGAACUUUACGCCGCCCUCGGAAUUAACUUUUUAUUCACUAGUUAGCUGUGGAGUGAUUUUUGGAGUCCGGUUUCUCCAGAAACUUGUUUCUUUUAGGGAUGAACAAAGACUUUCGAAGGUUGUUAAAACGUCUCGCACAGUCCAGAUCUUUAAAAUAAAAACGACAAAAAAUAAAAAAACAAAUCCAAGUAUUUAAGCUUUAAGUGUUAAUAGGUUAUCCUUCACACAAUUACAAGAUUUUUUCCCCCCUUAAUCUUUCUUUUAGCUACUUUUUGUAUUUUCAUGUAUUUUUAUAUAUAAAUAUAUUUAAGAUCUUUAAAGCUCUCUUCCUUUUUAUUAGAACUGAAUAUUUUUUUAGAUCAUGCCCUCUUUUUAAAGGAACAUGGCUUCAUAAUGAGAUGUCCUAUCAUACGAAAAUGUUAUUUAGCAUGGAAUUUUUAUAAGUGCAGAUAUCAUUUCUCCUCUUCCUCCGCUUUCUAAUUCAAGCUGUUGUCCCAGUUUAACGUUUCGUCCUGAUCU